UCAAAUCAAACACAACAAAGACGAACGUGCGACAUGACCUCCUCCAGUGGCAUUCUCGUAAAUACAAACUAAACGUACCACCCUCAACUCUUCAAGAAAUCAAAUCAUCGCCGAGCUCCGAUGGAGUACGAGAGAAUCCACAAGCCAUCGAAUCCUCAUCAGCAGGGCGGGGGAUUCUCGCCGAGUAAACUUAGGGCGAUUCUGCUUGGGAUCGAGAAGAAGAGGAAGGAGGAGGAGGAGGAGGAGAAGGAGGAGGAGAAGGAGGAGACCGAAUCUGGAAUCUCUUUGAGAUCCGAUGAUCGUGAGACUGAGGAUAGAGGUGCCAAUGCUCCAGAGAACUGUAAAGACGUAGAUAUAGUGAGCUUGCCACUGGAACGUUCUACUUCAGUUGAAUUUGCUAAUGGUUAUAAAUCAGGAGAUUACAACUUAGCGAGUUCUAGAGUACGAGCACAGGAGGAUGAUUCUUUUGAUUUGGAUAAUCUUUCUUCAUUUGAGUUCCAUAAAACGGCAGAAAGAGUUCCUCACAGGUCAUCAUUAAUGGCGCCCUUUUCAAAACCAGCUCCUUCAAAGUGGGAUGACGCACAGAAGUGGAUAUCAAGCCCCAACCGUAUGAGUAAAGGAGGAGGUGGUGGUCUACAACCGAAAAGAUCAAGCUUAGGUGGUUAUGGAAGCAGGAGUCUUGGGUCAAAGGUUGUUCUUGAAGUUACAGAUGAAGUGGAUACUAAGAAGAUGGAUACAGGCCAAGCUAAGAAGGAUAUUAGUGAGCAGAAGGCUGUGAGGUUGGCGCCGGAUCUUUUUCCCUCAGCACCUUUUGAGAAUCCAUUUGCUGAUGCUGCGAUUAAUCUCAGCGUGCAUGAUACAUCAACUUCUCUACAAAGCGGUGCAACAUCUAUUGCACCACCGUUGGCAGUAACAUCAGUACCCAUGAGGGAUAUGGGGACAGAAAUGACUCCUAUUGCUAGCCAGGAAGCAUCACAGACAGGAACUCCUAUUAGAUCUACAACACCGACACGUAGUCCAAAUUCUUCUCGUCCAUUAUCCCCGGUGAAAACUGGACCAACUUCAGUUACAAAUGAGUCAGCUGAGAAUCUCGGGAAUUCUGACAAACAAGAGUUAUCAGAAAAGGAAUUAAAAAUGAAAACUAGAAGAGAAAUAAUGGCUCUUGGACAGCAAUUGGGUAAGACGAGUAUUGCAGCUUGGGCUAGUAAAGAAGAGGAGGAAAGUAAUGAAGCUGUAGCAACUGUUCCAGUAGACCAGCCAUCUAAAAGUGUAAAUGAGGCCCGUGCAACAGCCUGGGAGGAUACAGAGAAAGCCAAGUAUUUGGCUAGGUUUAAACAGGAAGAAAUCAAAAUUCAAGCAUGGGAAAAUCAUCAAAAGGCAAAAACCGAGGCUGAAAUGAGGAGAAUUGAGGUUGAGGUGGAAAAGAUGAGGGCUAUUGCACAAGAGAAGCUUAUGAAUCAGCUUGCAGCUGCAAGGCAUAAAGCUGAGCAAAAGCGUGUGGCAGCGGAGGCAAAAAGAAGGAAACAAGCUGCGAGAACAGCAAAACAAGCUGAGUACAUCAGAAAAACUGGGCAAAUUCCAACCUCUUUUUCCUGCUGGGACUGGUGCUCCUGAUUGUGUUACGAAAUCGGCUUUGGAAAUCUCCUGCGGUAUGUUAGAUGUAAAGUUUUUUUUGUGUGAUUUCACAAUCUUGUAAAAGGCAUUUCUUUCUAGGUGAGUUUUUCUUCUUCUUCAUAUAUUCUCUUUUUGUGCUGGAUCACCUUCAUGUAAAUAUAUGUGAUACUGUCCAUAUCUUCUGGUUUUCAAGGCAUGAUUCUUUUGCUUAC